CGAGCGCAACGAGACCGGCGGCCUGGGGCAAGGCUUUGAUCUGCGUGCUGCAAUGGCGUUUAUGGGCCGGAUAGCUGGCGCCCAACUCUGCUCGGAGCUCUGCGGCUCACUCGUAAAUCUGAGGACGUACUCAUCCAGGGUGGACUGGAAGCAGCUGAGGCCACUGAUUCUCAGGAGGAUUAAGAACCGGUCCAAGGAUUAUCCGGUCAGGCGAAUGAUCCCGGUGGCCCAGGAGGUGGUCCGGGCCAGAGAGAUCCUCACCCAAGGCGUCUCCAUCCUGCUCAGAGCUGUUCCUGUGCAUUCAUGCAAGUUUUGUCCUGAAAUUCACGUUGGAGCAAUGGCACAUCAGAUGAAAACAUGCUACGGUUUCAAACGUAUGAUCAAGGAUCAACCUCACAAAUGGGUUCCAGGCGGCUUGAAUAACAUCCUUGUCCCUGUUGAGGCAUUCCAUCUUGAAAACAUGUUCCAGGAUGAGAUAAAGCAUGACCAGAGGUUUGACUACAAUCGUGUCCCAGCUGUACUCGAGCUCUGCCAUCAGGCAGGUGCAGAGAUACCUGAUGGAGUUCUGUAUGGACGUGAUCAGCUAUUUGUGGCAACUGAAGAUAACAACCAAAAUCCUGCUCCUUUGCUACCUGAUGAACUUAGAUUGAUAGGUCAGAGAACACUGGAAGCAUGGGAAAGGCUCAGAUUAGGUGUGACAAAACUCCUAUUGGUCUACCCUUCCAAAGUGUGUGAGAACUGCUCUGAAGUGCAUGUUGGGCUAUCAGGGCACAAAGCAAGGAUGUGUGGAGUAUUUAAGUUUGAGGGCUGGCGGGGAAAACACAAAUGGAAGAAGGCUGAAGUGGAUGACCUAGUACCCCAAAAGAUUGUGUGGCAUCAGCGGCCUCAUGACCCUCCAGUUCUGGUGAACAGUGGACGGGAUUAUUAUGGUCAUGCGCCUGCUGUUGUGGAGCUUUGUGUGCAAGUGGGUGCAAGAGCGUUACCGCGAUACAAUUGCAUGAUGAAAGAGCAUGGCUUAGCAGCACCUAUUCAAAUGGACCAGACUACGUAAGAAGUUGAUGGGUUGCUUAGUUAGAUCUGCCAUGAUGACGAUGUUAGAACUGUACAUAUCAGACAACAAGUGACCCUUUUGGAUGUGGAUCAAAUCUAAGUUCACAAAGAUUGUACUUUAGCGGAAUUCAUGUUGAUCAAUGAGGCAGAUAGUAAUCCACUUUGAAGAUUAUUUCUGUUAUCGGAACAGGAGGUUAGAACAUAAGCAUAGUUCAUUGUUACUAUUUAUCUUAGAUUCCUCGAUGAUAUCAGGCAAUUUCUUUCAGUGGGCAAUUAUCUGCACUGUAAAUUAACCAGAGCAGAUUAUUUUGAGGCCCUUAGUUAUGCCGGUUCAUUUGGUGAAACAGAGGGAUGGGCAGUUUUGUUAUGAGCAAGCUAUGCAAAGGGAGCAUAAUUUGUCAUACGUUUUGUAACAUCAAGUGUUAUCAUAGUUUUUGUGGAUACCCUUUUUCCAAGGGGAUUACUGGAUUGUUGUUCACAUAACAUAGAUGUUAUACCUCUAUUAUUUUGUAAUAGCCUUAUCAGCAUUUUUGUUAUA